GGUCUUGCAUAGAACGACAUCGUUUUUCCACCUUCCCUUCCCUGAAGAUACCCUGCCUGCGUGCCGUUUUUGAUGAUAAAUCCUUGGGCUGCCUAUUAGUGCCGACGAAAACCUCCUCCUAUCAAAGCCAAAGGAGAAAGACUGCAGGCUCGAUGGCUCAACGAGGUGUAUGGCAACUACGAAAGCUAAUUGUGAGCUACUGUGAUUGGGGAGGGAGUAGUAGGGGUAUCAGGUUGUACCCUUGGAGUACGUCUUCCCAUCACCUGCAAGCAAUACCCUUGAAAUUUUGCGUUGUAUAUGGUAGGGCUUUUAUGGAGUCGAAUCUGCCUGCGUUUAAAGAGCACAAUCCUCAGUUGGAGGUGGUAACUGAACUCAUUCGUGGUCAGCAUCCACAUUUGAAGGCCUAUUACAAAAACAAGAACGAGCGAGUUGUAUGUGUCAAGAAUAUGACUCCAGAAGACGUACUUCUUCAUGCAACUAGGCUAAGGAAUGCAUUGGGAAGAAAGGUGGUGAAACUGAAGACAAGGCACGUAACCAAACAUCCUAGUGUACAGGGUACAUGGACAACUGCUGUGAAAUUUUGAAUUGCAAGAGGUGCUUCUUUGGUUUGUUAUCAGUAUGUCUAAUUAGCCAUGAUCUGGUGUUACUGUUUGGGUGUGAAAAAGGCUUUGCAGUGCCCUGAAACUUAGGAUUAUUUGUAGAAAACUUUCAUAGUAUCAUAAAAAAUGAGAAAGAAAGCUAUUUCUAAUUUUCUACAUAGGCAGCUUUUUUGCUAGGAAACUUUGUGUUCAUUGACAUCAAGUCAGAGUAUGACAGCAAACUCUGUCAAGACACCUUAUGAUAUGAGCGUGUUCAUCCCAUUGCAAAUCUUUAUUUGUAUUCAUAUUUAUGCGUGAUUGUGUUUAUUCU